GUGCAAAGAUUCUGGGGCAGCUUGUGACGCCCCCUCUCUGACCACUGAUGGCACUGCGUCCGUCUGAGUUGCUGGUAGUCGCUCACUACCAUCGUGGUUUCGAGAGUGGACAGAGUUGGUAGAGGCGGCGGGUGCGUCUGAAAGAGGAAGCAUAGGAAGAGGUGAUUCGUGCUCCAUGGUUUGUUAUUUGGACGAGUUGGUCCACUCCAGCAGAUAAACUCUAGGGCACAUGGUAGCCUUGUGGUAUGCACGCAAGACCGGGUUCUUGCCGCUGUGUCAGAGCCGCAAUGAUACGGUGUGGUUGGGGGCUAUAUCGUGUAUUGCCCAAAAUACCUACGAGUGGCUCCUUGUUCGGUUCCUCUGCAAAGAGCGCUUAAAUCGUUAGGAGACCGUCAAGCCACGACCUGCUGUCAAAGCGAGUCAGUAUAUAUAGCACUUGCCAUGUCAGGAUAUGCAGAAACCCAUUCAUCAGGGUAUGAAAACACCAGCAAUACGACGACGCUUUAUUCCUUAUAUCUGCGGCAAAAAAAUUGGCAAUUGAUAUCGUGUCCCUAGAUCAUCAAGUAUGCAUGAGAUUUGCGGUGGAACCUGCCAAUCUCUGCACCGUAUCCCUUUAUACGUAUAUGCUCCGAUGGGGCAAGCAGAUUUCACUGAAAUGGGCGCUACGAUAUGUCAUGAUAAGUUGCUUGUGAUAAGCACCAUUGCCACGGUGUUAUGAGAUAGACGCCAACUUUGAUCAACGCGUUGCAUAGGCUUGGCGACGAGCUGAUGCGUGUAAGGAGCGUAAUAGGAG